CCUGACUUCUUGGUGCAUGCAGAGGAGUAUUGUUUUGUUAUCUCUGUAUUUAUUUGCUCUAUACCGAGCCAUGAUAGUACAUAGCUUCGUCUUCAAUCUCUCUAUAUUAACUCCAUUAUAACUUGGCUCACAUGGAAGCCCAAGCUCACACUCUAGACGGCACAGUGGAUCUUGGUGGACGCCCUGUGAUUUCUUCUGUAACUGUGAAAUGGAAAGCCUGCACUUUCAUUCUUGUUUACCAAGUAUUCGAAAGAUUUGCAUACUAUGGUAUAGGUGCCGAUUUGGUGAAUUACAUGACAGUCCAUCUCCACAAAAACGUGGUAACAUCAAUAACCAGCGUGAGCAACUGGUCUGGUUUAUCAUGGAUAACUCCAAUCCUUGGUGCUUACAUAGCAGAUUCUUACUUGGGUCGCUUUUGGACUAUCACUCUUUCCUUGCUUAUUUAUGCCAUGGGACUCGGACUGCUUGUCCUUACAUCUUCACUAAAGGGCUUGGGACCAACAUGUGAAAAUGGAGUUUGCAAAGAAGCAUCUAACUUCCAACUAGCAUUUUUCUACUUAUCAAUUUACACUAUUGCAAUUGGAAGUGGUGCAGUGAAGCCCAACAUGUCAACUUUUGGUGCUGAUCAAUUUGAUGACUUCAAGCCAGGAGAAAAAGAGCACAAAGUUUCAUUCUUUAACUGGUGGGUAUUUACCACUGCAUGUGGCACUUUAGCUUCCACCCUGUUUGUUGUGUACAUUGAAGAGAAAUUUGGAUGGGCUUUAGGGUAUGCAAUAUCAGCUAUUGGUUUUCUAGUUGCCUUUAUUGCCUUCUUUUUGGGCACACCAAUGUAUAGGCAUAAAUCUAGAAAGGCCAGAAGCUCUGCAAAGGGCUUUAUCAGAGUCCCGGUUGUUGCUUUCAGAAAUAGAAAGCUCCAGGUUCCUAGUAACCCUUCAGAACUGCAUGAGUUUGAGAUGGAACAUUAUGUUAGUAGCGGAAGACGAAAACUUCAUCACACGCCUUGUUUCAGGUUCUUAGACAAGGCUGCAAUUACAGAAAGCAAUACAGAUAACUCGAAUCCCCCAUGCACAGUGACUCAAGUAGAGAAAGCCAAGGUUGUUAUAGGAAUGUUUCAUAUAUGGUUACUAAUGCUGAUUCCUAGCAACUUCUGGGCAGUAGAAGUAACCAUAUUUGUCAAGCAAGGCACAACAAUGGAUAGGAGCCUGGGCCCCCACUUCCAUUUCCCAGCAGCCUCACUCUGGAGCUUUGCAGUGUUCACCAUGGUCAUUUCUCUGCCCAUCUAUGACAACUUCUUCAUACCAUUCAUGCGCCGACAUACUGGAAAUCACAGAGGAGUCAAAUUGCUUCAGAGGGUUGGCAUAGGAAUUGCCAUCCAAAUCAUAGGUAUUGCAGUCACUUAUGCUGUAGAAAUUCAAAGAAUGCAUGUCAUAAGGAAGCAUAACAUAGUUGGGCCUAAAGAAGUAGUUCCUAUGAGCAUAUUCUGGUUAUUGCCUCAAAAUGUUAUAUUUGGUGUUGCAAACACAUUCCUGACUUCUGGAUUGCUAGAGUUUUUCUAUGAUCAAUCCCCUGAAGAAAUGAAAGUUCUUGGCACAACAUUCUAUACGAGCACAAUGGCUGGUGGGAACUACUUUAACAGCUUUCUAGUGACUGUGGUUGAUAAAGUUACAAGGAAGAUGUGUGACCAUAGCUGGAUAGGCGACAACUUGAAUGAAAGUCACCUAGAUCACUAUUAUGCCUUUCUUUUUGUGAUAGCUAUAUUUAAUUUUGGGGUAUUUCUGUGGGUGUCAAAUGGGUACAUUUACAAGAAAGAAUGUACAAGUACAACAGAGCCUAAUGACGGCUUUUGUACCUAAAUGGUAUAGUUUAGUUUGGAAAUUACAGCUUUGGGGUAUUUUUUUUAUUUACCAAACUAGUAUAAAUCGUCACUGUCAGUGGCGAUUCUAUUUCUUUUUUUUACUUUUUUAAAGAAUCGCCAAUGCUAUUGGCGUUUUUGUUUUUUUUUUUUCGUUUAUUGAAUAAAUCGCCAACAUGGUUGGCGUUUUCUU